AUGGUUGUGUAUCCAAAGAUGCUGCACAGUAUCCAUGCGACUAUCAGGUUGUUGAGAGACUACGGAUGCCAGCUACCAGUACAGAUGUGGUUCUUGGAGAGUGAGAUGGGUGCAGCGCCAUUGGGCUAUUCCCGUGUGUUGCAAUCGCUAGUGAAAGACUACGGGCCUGUGACGCUUAGAGGUGUCACGGAUGAUUUAGUGGUGGGAUUCACGUCUAGAGUAUAUGCCUUGGCGCAUUCCCAAUUGGACCACAUGCUAUUUUUGGAUGCCGACAACGCACCGGUGAAGGAUCCGACGUAUUUGUUUGAUACUCCUAAGUUUAUCGAGACGGGAUCACUAUUUUGGCCGGAUUUCUGGACACCAGCUAACACGAUCUUCAAUCUAAAGGCUCAAUCGCUCAUCUGGGAGCUCGUUGGCACGCCGUUUUUCGACAUGUUCGAGCAGGAGAGCGGACAGCUUUUGAUUGAUCGUAAACGCGCUGCAGUUGCGCUGCAUGUAGCUCAAUUUCUAGCGAUGCGUGAGCCACGUCACUUGGAGCGACUACGCCUUGCAUACGGCGAUAAGGAUCUCUUUCGGUUAGCUUGGCUAAGGACUAAUACUCCCUUUCACAUGAUCGCCACGCCUCCAGCUGCAGCGGGUAUGGUAAAACAGAAUCAAUUCUGUGGUAUGACGAUGGUACAACAUGAUACAAAAGGCGAGGUAGUUUUCCUCCACCGCAAUGGGAAGAAACUAUCAGGUGCUGAAGAUUUUCGACGGAUCACACGUGGGGACAUCUUCAAACUUAAUAACUUCAAUGGAGGAAAUGAAUUUGUGAAGACCCGAACGUGCUACGGAGAUCGCUAUAUGAACUCGACGCACUUUCGUCUUACACCAUGGAAAGAACUUUCCCUGUAG